AUGUUGAUAGAGGAGCUGUCAUUUUCUGACCUCGAGCUUACAGCCGAACAUCUACGCGGAGAUAUCCACAGAGCUGGGGAGGACCCUAUUCUCUUCAUUUGCGCUCUCACCCACUGGUCUCAUUCUUGGAACACAAUAGUUCUACCUCGUAUGGAGAAGGAUGCCGACUUCCGCCGCUCCCUCUCACCAACAGCCCAGAAGGCCUGCGAUAUUGUUCGUCGCAUCCGGAGCGAAGAACAGAAUACGAUCUGGCGCCAAGUAUGCAAUGAUGAGGGUGGUGAAGAAGAACUAUAUCCCGGAAUGAUGUUCAUGUUGGCAAAGAGGCGCAUGGAGUCCACGAAGCUAUGGAAAAUCGCGUGCAGAAUGCCCAAGGGCGCCCUUCUUCAUUGCCACAUGUCAGCAAUGGUGGAUCUUGGCUGGCUCUAUGAGAAAACACUGGCGACGCCGGGAAUGUAUUUUUACUCAACGGUACCGCUACACUCUGAGAGUAAUCGCCGCACGGCUGCGGUGCGGUUUACUUACUCGAGCGCCGUGCCGAAAGCCUCUGCAUCGGUCUGGAAAUCCGGAUAUGAACCUGGUACGCUGAUUGAUGCCAAUGCUGCUGCGGAUAGUUUCCCGGAUGGUGGUCGGAAGGGUUUUAUCUCGUGGCUGAAGGAUAGGACAUCAAUUGUCGCAAAAGACUCUAUAGAGCACCAUCUUGGUGUCGACGCGAUCUGGCGGAAGUUUACGUCUGCGUUUGUCACUUUGGGCUCGAUUACGUAUUAUGAGCCCAUUCUACGCGCUUUUAUCCAGAAGUUACUUGAGACGAUCGCGAAAGAUGGAGUCCAGUGGGUGGAAUUUAGAGAUGCAUUUACAGAGCCAUAUUGGCGUGAACAUGAGGAUGCUCCCUGUGGAGAUUUCAGCGAGAUGGUGCGAGCCAUCGGAGAGGAGAUCGAGAAGUUCAAGGCGACGAAGCUGGGUGAGAAUUUUUGGGGGGGACGUAUCAUCUGGACGGGGAUACGGUCCAUGGGCACGGAACAAAUAAUUCAAAACAUGCAAAAUUGCAUUCUUGCCAAAAAGGCACACCCGCAUUUAAUCGCCGGCUUCGAUCUCGUGGGCCAGGAAGAUAUGGGGCGCACUCUCAAAGACUUGACCCCGGAGUUGAUAUGGUUCAGGCAAAAAUGCAUCGAGGAGAAGCUGGAGAUACCCUUCUUUUUCCAUGCGGGAGAGUGUCUAGGGGAUGGCGAUGGCACAGAUGAGAAUCUCUACGACGCCAUCUUGCUCAGGACUCGACGCAUCGGGCACGCUUUCUCGCUAUACAAACAUCCUGAUCUGAUUGAUCUAGUCAAGGAAAAGAAAAUACUUAUUGAAUCGUGUCCGAUUUCAAAUGAAGUUCUGAGAUUGACGGCAACGGUCCUGGCGCAUCCCCUUCCCGCGCUGCUAGCUCGUGGUGUCCCAGCAUCACUUAGCAACGAUGAUCCCGCUCUCCUAGGCCAAGGCACCUCGGGAAUGUCUCAUGACUUUUGGUCGGCACUGCAAGGUUGGGAGAACCUCGGGCUGGCUGGGCUGGGAUCACUGGCAGAGAAUAGUGUUCGGUGGGGCAUAUAUGAAGACCAGACUGAGGACGAGUGGCUUCAGGAUAUUGAACUUGGCAUCAAUGGCAGUGGUAUCCGUGCUGAAAGGAUAAAGCGUUGGCAGGAGUCGUGGGAGGGAUUCUGCCAAUGGAUUGUGGAUGAGUAUGGGGAUUAG